AUAUCAGCUGAUAAAGCCUUCGAAAGUUGGUCACAUCCAAUACGCGCAUCGGCUGGCCUCACUAAUCAAGUGUAAACAAAAUUUAAGUUAAUUUGUUUUCUAUUAGUCCAAAAAGGCCUCAAUUCUAAGUUGGUCAUGUCGAAGCUGAGCGACACCAAGAUCCCAAUCAAGGAGUUCCUGGAGGCAUACCGUCGCCAGCCGUGCCUCUACAACACGCUGCUAGACUCAUACAAGAAUCGUGUGUCCCGGGAGGAGGCCUACGGAGCGAUCAUCCGGUCCCUGAAGAUACCUCAACUGACCGUGGUGGACAUAAAGCUAAAGAUCAAGAGCGUGCGUACCGUGUACUCUAAGGAGCUGCGCAUCUGGAUGCGUGAGAAGGAGCUGGGCCGGUGCUACGAACCCAAGUUGUUUUGGUUUAAGUUGGCCGACUCCUUCCUACGCUCCGUUUCCCUCUCCCACUGCAAAAGACAGGGAAAAAACAAUCCCAGUGCUCAAUCAACGCCGCUCAAAUCGCAGACGAGCACGCUUCUUUGCACUGCCGCCGCAGAUAUUACUAUGAGCGAGGAUGCGCUAGAGGAAGAGGAUGCAGAGGUGAAUGGCGAGCCGGAGGAGUGUCCUUCGGAGCAAAGCAGACCAACAGCAAGCAUCUGCAAAGAUGAUUCCUCACUCUGCCUGGCGGAUCAAUCACAGGAGGAACACCAUCCUCAGAGGCUUAACAGCUCCCAGCAGCUUCCUCUCCCGCCGGUAAAACGAAAAUCAAAGUACACUACAAGUCUGGACUCGGCCGGAGAUGAUGAUCUUAUUAUAUUCGGCCAGAGCAUCGCCUCCCAGCUGCGAACCAUUCCGGAUUCAUAUUCUCGGUCCGUGGCUAAGCUGCGUAUCCAGCAGGUGCUGUUCGAGGCGGAAACCGGGCAGUUUCAGGGCACCGAGGUCAAUAGCACGCAACUCCAGCAUACCUAUUAAACCAUAAGUCCAAAUUUAAACACUGUACUCAGUUUUGGCAAAAUCCCCAGAAAUAUGCCACCCUGGCCUAAUUUCCAGGGGAUAUUUAUCAACCCGUUUGCCAUUCAGUGUAUGUAGUCUGUAGCUAGUUCUAAGGAUUGACAGUUAAGUAUAAAAUGUAAAAAAAACUUUACGAAAAUAAAUUCAUUUAUUUAUUUAUAUAA